AUGGGAAAUACUAUCGUUUUCGUCUCCAAUUCGACGAACCCAGAGGAACUCCUAGAUAUAUAUUAUGACACGACAGAGAUUAUAUUUCUAUAUCUAUCGUCGCUUUUGCUAAUUUUGAUCAUCGGUCUCAAUGUGCUCGUUGGCAUUUCAGUGUCUAUUAUGCGGAGACGAAGAGAUGUCCAAAACAUGUGUUUUGCUUUUACCCAAAAUCUUUGCUUGGCCGAUACGAUGGUUGGUUUUAGCAUUAUUUCUGUUGCAGUUCUUAGUCCUCCGAUGAAAGUGAGUGAUGAAAAUCUCGGCUUACAGUUUCGAUGCGCUGCGAGAGUCUUCGUUGUUGGCACUUGUUGUCAGACUUCAAUCUGCGCGCUUGGUACGAUCGCGGCUGAUCGUUACUCCACGAUCAGACGUCCUUUUGAUAGAGAUCAGAAUUUUCUCCUGACAUCGAAAGGUGCUUGGAUGCUCAACACGAUGAUUUGGACUGUUUCAUUCGUGACAAAUCUACUGCCUAUCGCUGGCUGGAGUCUGGACCCAGAUAUUGAUGAUUUGUGCUACGAUAGUUUUCGGGAAAAAGCAACCUGCCGAGUUUCAUGUCUCAAUUUCAUUCCCCGCGGUUUCGCCACGUGA